UCUGCCACUUUCAUUUUCCUUCGUUUUAGAUUUUACAGAUUUUAUUUUUCUUCUGUCGAUGAACAAAAAUGGCUGAUCUGCUACCCUGUAAUUUGAAUAUCUCUAAAGGUAUCAGCACAGAAUCUCCGUAUACACGUAGAGGUGGCAGACUUAAUCAUGGAAGAAAAAUUAGUGGGCAGAAAGGAUCUGUGCUUAGUAACAAGGGAUGCGUGGUGCAGUGCUGUAGUGCUUCUUCAACCUCAGCUUCAUCAGCUGCUAAGCAAUUUUUGGUCAACGACAGAACAAGCUUUCAAGAUAGAGAAGAGCAAUUGGAGAAUUUGGUGAGUGAGCAUGGAUGGAGAGCGAGGAGGUUGGCUAAUGAUGGAUAUGAAAUGAAAGAAGUAGCUCAAAUUCAAGCUGAAGCUUUCCAUACUCCUGUGGCUAUCUUUGAUGAUUUGUUCUUCCAAUUCUUUAAGGCUGAAGUGCUUUCUGGGCUUCUUUACAAACUUAGGAACUCACCUCCGGACAGAUAUGCAUGUUUGGUAGCUGAACCUGCAGCUGAUUCCUCCAAGUCUCAAAGGGAAAAACUAGUUGGCAUUGUGGAUGUCACAGCAUCGAGAGAUGAAUCUGUUAUGCAACAUCUCAGGGGAGCAGAAGAGUACCUUUAUGUUUCUGGGAUAGCUGUUUCCAAAACUUUCAGGAGGCAGAAAAUAGGGAGUGUACUGCUAAAAGCCUGCGAUGUGCUUUCCACUUUGUGGGGUUUCAAGUAUCUCGUCCUCCGAGCAUUUGAAGAUGAUGUGGGUGCUCGUAGAUUGUAUACAAAAGCAGGAUACAAAGUCGUCUCAAUUGAUCCUCAAUGGAUGACUUGGAUAGGAAGAAAACGACGUGUUCUUAUGAUCAAACAGUCUAAUUUGCUUGAUUAACAUUCUAGUUUUUCAAUCACAUUUGUAAUCUGGGCAUGCAAAUAAAGAGUGUGCUUAUUUGUAGAGCAUGUAAAAUUAUUUACCGCAAUAGCUUUUCUUUGAAGUUCAAA